CUUACAGUCACAUGCCUAUACGUUCCUGUCAUGUGACUUGCGCCGUCGAAAAUGACCGCUGGACACAGCCAGCAGAAUGCAGCAGUGGUCUUGUUGUUCAUUCAUUUAUGUUUCUCUGGUGGUUAUCAACUGACUGAGUUACAGGUGGGCCUGUGCCAUCUCUGCAACGGGACGGUCCAGAACGGCACUGCCGUGAGCCAGUUCUGUUCCGCGUCUGCGGGUUUGAUUGAUGGCCGCUGCUGCCUGCUGAGAAAAGAGAACAUCAGGGAUGCGGACUACAUCAUCGGGUUGGACCUAUCAAACUGUUCCCUGAGCCGUGUGGAAGACCUUCAAGAUGCAUUCAGCGCUACAACAAUAGAUCUCUCACUGAACCCCAUUGUAAAUCUGGACGAUUCACUGUUUGAAGGCUUUAUCCUGUUGGCUAAACUGAUUCUGCCUGCCAACUUGGUCUGUCCAGGAGGCAAUGCAUCAUGGGACAAGGUGAAGGUCAAAGGGGAAACUCAUUUUUGUGAAGGACAGAAAGACAUCUGUAACCAGACUGGUUAUUUGUCGUUGAACUGCCCCGAGAAUUCCCUCUGUCUACCAUACGGUCCGGGCUUCUUUCAAUGUAGCUGCGUGGAUGCCUUCCGUGGAUACAAGUGUCUUCGAGAGGGAGAGUUUCCUAUAAUCCAGGUGUUCGGGCCUCUAGCGGGCUCCACGGUCCUGGUCUCCAUCCUGCUAUGGGUCACCCAAAGACGCAAGGCCAUAUCAGUCUGAGGUUGUACCCGAGCACCUGGUCUGAGGCCUAGUCCUAGGACAUUUUCAAGUGGUACUGACCUGAAAUAGCAGGGGAAAUGCUGAGUGGACUGUUGAUUGAGGAGAUGGUCUCAGGGGUUAAUGUUAUAUUGCUGACAGUGGACUGUUGAUUGAAAUGGACUCGGGUUAAUGUCAUAGUGCUGACUGUGGACUGUUGAUUGAAAUGGUCUCAGGGGUUAAUGUCAUAGUGCUGACAGUGGACUGUUGAUUGAAAUGGUCUCAGGGGUUAAUGUCAUAGUGCUGACAGUGGACUGUUGAUUGAGGAGAUGGUCUCAGGGGUUAAUGUCAUAGUGCUGACAGUGGACUGUUGAUUGAAAUGGUCUCAGGGGUUAAUGUCAUAGUGCUGACAGUGGACUGUUGAUUGAAAUGGUCUCAGGGGUUAAUGUCAUAGUGCUGACAGUGGACUGUUGAUUGAAAUGGUCUCAGGGGUUAAUGUCAUAGUGCUGACAGUGGACUGUUGAUUGAAAUGGUCUCAGGGGUUAAUGUCAUAGUGCUGACAGUGGACUGUUGAUUGAAAUGGUCUCAGGGGUUAAUGUCAUAGUGCUGACAGUGGACUGUUGAUUGAGGAGAUGGUCUCAGGGGUUAAUGUCAUAGUGCUGACAGUGGACUGUUGAUUGAGGAGAUGGUCUCAGGGGUUAAUGUCAUAGUGCUGACAGUGGACUGUUGAUUGAAAUGGUCUCAGGGGUUAAUGUCAUAGUGCUGACAGUGGACUGUUGAUUGAAAUGGUCUCAGGGGUUAAUGUCAUAGUGCUGACAGUGGACUGUUGAUUGAAAUGGUCUCAGGGGUUAAUGUCAUAGUGCUGACAGUGGACUGUUGAUUGAAAUGGUCUCAGGGGUUAAUGUCAUAGUGCUGACAGUGGACUGUUGAUUGAGGAGAUGGUCUCAGGGGUUAAUGUCAUAGUGCUGACAGUGGACUGUUGAUUGAGGAGAUGGUCUCAGGGGUUAAUGUCAUAGUGCUGACAGUGGACUGUUGAUUGAAAUGGUCUCAGGGGUUAAUGUCAUAUUGCUGACAGUGGACUGUUGAUUGAGGAGAUGGUCUCAGGGGUUAAUGUCAUAGUGCUGACAGUGGACUGUUGAUUGAAAUGGUCUCAGGGGUUAAUAUCAUAGUGCUGACAGUGGACUGUUGAUUGAGGAGAUGGUCUCUAGGCCCAUAUGACAUGUUUUGAGACUUAUCUUUGAAAGGCACGCUGUCAGAAUUGACCGUUUUUGAUGCUGUGUGUAAUCGCCACACAUUUUACAAUUGUUGUACAGCUUGCAGCCAUUUAUCUCGAUCACCAUGGCGUUAUGUUCAACAUAAGUUGUAACUUAAUGUAUAUUCUAUUCAUGGUUUAUUUACUAAGACUAACGUCCGUUACCUGAAGCAGGUAACGUCAUCUACUUUGCAUGUGUAUAAGUCAAUUCUAGUAGGAGCUAUAAUGUGCAAUAUAAAUUGCAAUAGCAACUAAAUAUUAUCAUAGUUUUGGGGGGGGGACUGACAAGAUAUCGAUUUGAUAAAUCACAUUAUAGAGAGACAUGAGCAAAACACAUUGCUUUGCAGACAGUACCACCAAUGUUGCCUUGUUCAUACAUGGUUACAGAUCAAUAUGUUUAUUAACUGAAAUGGGUUGCCUUUUGUAUUUUUACCUUGGAUUAAAGACAGAUGUUAUACACGGACUCAAGUGA